CUUUUCAGCCUGAAAUUUGGGAUGAAUCUGUAACCUUCUUCGUUUGGGGGCAGUUCUCCAUUUUUUUGCUUGUUUGUUUGUUUGAGAAUGUUGAUGGGAAGAUGGGCUUGGUAGCUUUGAUAGUGGGUUUGAGUGUUUUUAUCAAAAUUGCUUCUAUCUUAAUGAUGAAUACUUUGUUGUUUGGUUCCAAUAUUUCAAAUAGGAUGUUUAGGGCACACUCAUGGGAGGCCUUUCACAGUUGCAUGAACAUUUUCACGGCGACACAAGUGGUCGAAUUUUUUUUAGUACAACAUGUGGGGGGUAGGGAUCGAAUUCACACUCUCUUGGUUGGAGAUAUAUACCAAUUACCACUAAGCUAUAUUCGCUUUGGCGACACAGGUGAAUGUGAAGAAUGAGUCCUACAGAAGUGUGCUUAUGUUGGCUUACCAAAGUCUAGGAGUGGUUUAUGGCGACCUCAGCACCUCCCCUCUAUAUGUUUACAAAACCACUUUCUCUGGGAAACUGAGCCUCCAUGAGAAUGAUGAAGAGAUUUAUGGGGUUCUAUCCUUCAUCUUCUGGACAUUUACACUCAUUGCUCUCUUCAAAUACGUUUUCAUUGUCAUGUCAGCCGACGAUAAUGGCGAAGGGGGUACCUUUGCACUGUACUCUCUUCUCUGCAGGCACGCAAGAUUAUGCAUUCUACCGAAUCAAGAGCCGGUAGAUGAAAAGCUAUCGGCGUACGACAUGAAGGGAAUCCCAGAAACGAGGCCGAGUGCCACUCUGAAGUCCUUUUUUCAGCUUCAUCCAUCUUUUAGAAAUUUUUUUUUGGUGUUUGUUCUCUUUGGAACCUGUAUGGGUAUUGGUGAUGGAGUCCUCACUCCUGCAAUAUCAGUUCUUUCAGCAGUCUCAGGAGUCAAACAAAAGAUCACUGGACUCCAUGAGAAUUAUGUUGUUUUAAUCUCGUGCGUCAUCUUAGUUGGAUUCUUCUCCCUUCAGCAUCGUGGAACACACAAAGUCGCUUUCAUGUUUGCUCCGAUCAUCACGGCAUGGCUUGCCUGUAUUAGCGUUAUCGGAAUGUACAAUAUCAUCAAGUGGAAUCCAUGUAUAUAUCAUGCGCUCUCUCCAGUUUAUAUGCUGAAGUUUCUGAGAAGCACAGGCGUCGAAGGUUGGAUUUCAUUAGGCGGAGUCGUUCUCUCAAUCACAGGUGUGGAGGCAAUGUUUGCUGACUUAGGCCACUUCUCUUCGCUUUCAAUCAAGUUUGCCUUUACAUUUCUUGUAUAUCCCUCUUUGAUUCUUGCUUAUCUGGGUGAGGCUGCAUUCCUAUCUAAGCACCAUGAAGAUAUUCAAAGGAGCUUCUACAAAGCAAUACCUGAGGCUGCAUUUUGGCCAGUGUUCGUCGUUGCCACUUUUGCCUCUGUUGUAGGAAGCCAGGCUGUGAUAUCAGCUACGUUCUCCCUCGUAAAUCAAUGUUGUGCUUUGAAUUGCUUCCCCCAUGUAAAAACUAUGCACACUUCAAACAAGAUAUAUGGGCAGAUUUAUAUCCCAGAAGUUAAUUGGAUGCUAAUGUGCCUCUGUUUAGCUGUGACAAUUGGGUUGAGAGACACAAAUAUGAUAGGCCAUGCAUAUGGGCUGGCAGUCACAAUCGUUAUGUUUGUCACAACUUGCUUGAUGUCACUUGUGAUAAUUCUGGUUUGGAAGCAGAGGUUGAUCAAUGCCAUUGCAUUUUUCAUGUUUUUCGGGUCAAUAGAACUACUCUACAUCUCGGCGUCGAUCAGCAAAGUUCAUGAAGGCGGGUGGAUUCCCAUCGUUCUUUCUAUGAUCUUUAUGUGUUCGAUGUAUGCAUGGAACUAUGGGACGAUGAAGAAGCAAGAAUACGAUGACGAGAACAAAGUGUCGAUGAAUCAGAUACUUUCUUCAGGGCCUAGCCUUGGCAUAGUGCGUGUGCCCGGGAUUGGACUCAUAUAUACUAAUUUGGUGACUGGGGUUCCUGCUGUUUUUGGUCACUUUGUGACCACUUUGCCUGCAUUUCAUCAAGUGCUUGUAUUUGUUUGUAUUAAAUACGUUCAAGUUCCCCAUAUCAACGAAGAAGACCGUUUGGUCAUUACAAGGGUCGGGCCGAAAGAAUGCGACAUGUUUCGGUGCAUCGUGAGGUACGGUUACAAGGAUUUGCUACAAGAAAACUACGAUUUUGAGAACAGAUUGGUGUUUGCUCUAGUGCAUUAUGUAGAAACAGAAGGUCACUUUUGGAAACCAAUGACUCGCGUCCCUAGAGGGUGUGAAAAUUCAGAGGAAGAGCCAUGUGAAUAUGAACCAUUGGAGCAGGCUUUUACAAGCUCAAAUAUGUUGCAGUCUUCUUGCAAAUAUCAGGUAACGGACACUGCAGUCGACGAUCGGGAGAAGUCGAUCCGUAAUGAGGAAGUGAUGCAGAUAUUGAGAGCAAAAGAAUCGGGAAUCACGUACAUUUUCGGUCAUUGCUCAGUCAAGGCAAAGAAAUCAUCAUCCAUUUUCAAGAAGCUGGCCAUUGAUAUUGUGUAUGCUUUUUUGAAUCAGAAUUGCAGAGCGCCUGAAGUUAUUCUGAAUGUGCCUCACACUUCUCUUUUUGAAGUUGGCAUGGUUUAUUAUGUAUAGUUUCAAUUUCAACCCAAAAUAUAUAUACACACACACACACACUAAGUAGUUCAUUCCUAGGCCUUGCCCUUCAUGUUUUCACAUUAAGAUGUAGCUUUGUUUUUAUACUUUCAUCUCAACAAAAUAACAAAAAUUUAACUACGUUUACCUUA